AUGAGGAAUUUUGAGAUGUCUGAUUUGGGAAUGUUGCAUUACUUUCUUGGUCUUGAGGUGAAACAGGAAGUUGAUGGCAUAUUUCUUUCACAAAGAAAGUAUGCAACAGAUCUUUUGAAAAGGUUCAAUAUGGUAAAUUGUAAUGUUGCUACUACUCCGAUGAAUAUCAAUGAGAAGUUAUGUCGUGAUGAUGGUUCUGAAAUGGCAAAUGCGACUUAUUUUAGAAGUCUGGUUAGUGGUUUGAACUACUUGUCUCAUACAAGGCUAGACAUUGCUUUCUCUGUCGGCGUCGUAUCUAGAUUUAUGCACAAUCCAAGCAAACUUCACCUUGGAGCUGCAAAGAGAAUAUUGAGAUAUAUUGCAGGGACAUUAGAACAUGGAAUUUGGUAUUCUAAGGUAACAAAUUUCACAUUAACUGGUUUUACUGAUAGUGACUAUGAGAGCACAUCUGGUUUCUUAUUUAAUCUCGGAUUCGAAGCAAUUUCAUGGAGUUCAAAGAAGCAGGAAGUGGUGGCCUUAUCAACUUCGGAGGCUGAGUAUAUUGCAACAACUUCAGCAGCCUGUCAAACAGUUUGGUUAAGGAGACUUGUUGCAGAUUUUAAUCAGAAACCAGCUGGUGCGACCAGAUUUUUUGCGACGAUAGAUCUACUAUUGCGAUGA